AUGCCGGUUUCCGCUACAGCUACCGCCGAGCUCGCAAAGUACAAGGCCAUCGUCACCCGUAUUAUUGGUGACCCCUUGCGCGCCCGUGCUGGCAUCAAGCUCCUCAACUUCAAACCUUUCAACCCCAUUGACAAGCGCACAGAGAUCACCUACCGCGAGGAGGCUACUGGCAAGCUCAAGCAUGUCACCAAGGGUAUGACUGGUAUCAUCAUCGAACUCUGCUCGCGCAACAAGACCGAGAAGAUUGAGAACCAUCUCGAGAAGGACGUCGAGGAGUACGCCGCCCGUGGUCUGCGUACGCUCGCUGUUGCUUACGAGGAGGUUGACGGCGACGACUUUGAGGCUGAGGCGAAUCAUACUGACAAUUUAAUUUUCCUCUCUAGCAUCGCCCUCGUCUGCAUCAUCAAGGAGACCACCUUCUUUCAGGACACCUUCGGCGUGCGCCUCGACACCAACUUCCCCAUCGCCUCCAACAACCCUCAACUGCACAUGGUUAUCUACCUCCAGGUCGCCAUCAUCUCGCAGGCGCUCAUCUUUGUCACCCGUUUCCACUUGUUCUUCUUCAUGGAGCGCCCUUUGACUAUGCUCAUGGUUGCGUUCUGCAUUGCCCAGCUGAUCUCGUCGAUCAUUGCUGCCUACGGCGACUGGGGGUUCACUAUUAUUAGGGCUAUCAGCGGUGGAUGGAUUGGUAUUGUCUGGGUCUGGUUUGUGAUGAAGGCGACUGUCAUCAAACGCCUGCGCCAGCGCCACGAGGCCAAGGUCGCACAGGAGGCAUAG